AGUACUAUCUCCAAAAACAUCAACAUAGACAUCUCAUAUUCUCAUCACCUAAAACAAAAACCACCCAAACUCCACCCUCCCCUUGAAAAUCAAAAUGCUCUCGACAACAACUCGCCCACUCUUCAACUCCCCACUCACUCACUUCACUCCUCGCCAUACUCUCCUCCGCCGCCACUCUCUCACCCGCCGCCACUCUCUCUCCACCACCACCACCACCACCCAAAUCAAAAUGUCAUCUCCUCCUUCAACCAUCGAACACAUCGUCCUCUUCAAAGUAAAACCCACAUCAACCUCCACUCAACUCUCUUCCAUGCUCACCGGUCUCAACUCUCUCACCACUCUUCCAAACGUCCUCCAUCUCACCGCCGGUAAACUCCACCAAUCUCUCUCCCCCACUUUCUCAUUCACUCACAUCCUCCACAGCCGCUACGCCACCAAACAAGAUCUCGCCAACUAUUCCUCUCACCCAGAUCACUUAUCCGUCGUUAGAACCAAUGUUUUACCCAUUUGUGACGAUAUUAUGGCCGUUGACUGGGUCAACGACAAUCUCAACGGUCCAAUUGUUGUUAAACCUGGUUCUGCCAUUAGACUUCAGUUGAUCAAGUUGAAAGAUGGGGUAGGAGAGAGAGAGAAGAGUGAUGUUUUUGAGGUGAUUAGUGGGUUGAAGGAGAAACUUGCUGGGAUUUUGCAGCUUUCUUUUGGGGAGAAUUUUUCGCCUGGGAGAAAUAAAGGGUUUGAGAUUUGUUCUAUUGGGGUUUUUACUGGGGUUGAUGAUUUGAAUGCUUUGGAAGGGAAUUUGGAGAUUGUCAAAGAGAAAGAUAAGGUUAGGGAUUUCAUUGAUGAUCUUAUUGUUGUUGAUUAUGUUGUUCCUUCUUUUGUUCAAUCUGCUAGUCUUUAAUCUGGGUUUUUGUUAUUGUAAUGGAGUAAUAAAUGUUUGAUCAUCAUGUAGUGUUACUGUUAAUUUGUGUUAGUACCCUUUAUUUGAUGGGUAUUAUGACUGGUUAUUGUGUUAAGUGAAUUUGGAAGGUAUCAUGUUGUUCA